UUUGAAUAUUUCUAAAGUUUUAUAAACUGAAUUAAAGUCGCUUGACUGGAAAUAAUUUCCUCGUUUUAAUAAUAGAAAUAGAAAUUUCUGUUUUAUUCUAGAAAAUGUCCAUCGCGGUCCCAGAAAAUUCGGAUUUUUUGAAAGUGCACGUACAUCGCUUCGCGAAGGAACACGAUCUGUCGAAUGCAAAAUUUGACUACUGUGUGAUUACUAAGGAUGGAGAUAAUUACUUAGGAAAACCUUACAGUGUUAAAAUUGAGGGACAAAAGAAUGGUGACCUUAAAAAAUUCAACUUGAUAUUCAAGUGCGCUCCGAGAGAUAAAGAUUUAGAAGAAUCGCUUGGAGUAAAGCAUCUUUAUAUUCGUGAAAUUAGCUUUUAUGAAGAAAAGUUACCAGUUUUUGCUAGCUUGCUCAAGGAGUAUAAUCUAAGUAUACGUGAUAUACCAAGAUAUUAUGGCGGAUCUACAGUGUCUGGGAAUGAGGUUUUAAUCUUGGAGGAUUUGAGAUCUUAUGGGGCAUCCAUGAAGAAAUCAGUAAUAAUGGAUUAUUCUCAUGCAUCACUGGCCAUUCGACAUUUGGGCAGAUUUCAUGCAUACAGUUUCGCCCUGCGAGAUCAGAAACCUACACUUUUUGAAAAUAUAAAGCUCAUAAAGGAACCAUUUUAUAAAAAUCUUGACAAGUUUUCAGAAACUUACGACAUUCUCUGUAAUGUUGCAAUAAAGGCAAUCGAAAGUGAAGGCCCGAAAUAUAUAGACCGACUUCGUGAAUUUAAAAAGAGCAUACCUAAGUUAAUUGAUUUUGUAAUUGAUGGAAGAAAUGCUGAACCUUACACAGUUUUGAAUCAUGGGGAUUAUUGGACCAAUAAUAUCUUAUUCAAAUACAAUGAUGAUGGACAACCCGAGGAUCUUUUUUUUCUGGAUUUUCAAGCUCACCGAUACGCCUCGCCUGCUCUGGAUAUUUCCUACAUGUUAUUUAAUUGUUGCACACCAGAGAUGAGAAUAAAGCAUUACGACGAAUUGUUACAUCAGUACCAUAAUUCUUUAGCUCAGUGUUUAAAAGAACUUGGGUCAGAUGUCGAAAAGCUUUUCCCCUUUGAAAUGUUACUGGAGCAGUUAAGACAGUUUGCAAUCUAUGGGGGUAUCACCGGAAUGCUGUUUCUUCACUUGUUCACAAGACAAGAGGGGGAAUCUCCAAAGCUUCCUUUUGAUAUUGAAUAUAUAAAGACCUUGACAAAAACAUUAAAAAACAAUUGUUUAUACUCUAGUAUGAUGACAGGAACCUUUAAAGAUAUGGUAGAUAAAAAUUAUAUUUCAUAA